AUGCCUAUUCGCAACCCUUUCACCCGUCGUCCCGGUAGCGUCGUUGUCCAAGAUGAGAAUCAACGCCCUGAUACCGCCCCGGGUUUCGAGAAAGUCGACACUGUUGGCUCAAAGUCCAAACCUGUCUUAAGUAUUCGAAGUCAAGGUCGCGAUAAUGGCGAAUACAAAAUGAGUGUUGUCAAUGACAGUGGCGUCUAUCUUCCUCCAUCCCCCACUGAAGAGAAAGGCCAGUGGCCACGAAAGUACCUGUCAACUCGUAACUCUACAGAUACAAGGAGCAGUGUUGGCGAUAUUGAACACUUCUCCAUCUCACGAGAAUCUUUUGACUCUUACCGCCGCUCAUUCGACAUCACUGCACGAUCUCCCAUUGCCAACAACAACGACUUCCCUACGCGUCAAAGUCUUGAUUCUGCUCGCCUUCCCCGUAUGCCCAGAUCUGCGGUCGAGCGAUCGUUUGAGCAGCCCCCAACAGCUGAGGAACGUUUUGAAGAUGUUGGACUGGAUGACCACAAGUACCAAUAUCAACAACAGCCGGCACAACAGGCACAGCCCCAGAAGCGAGGCUUCUUCUCCAAAUUUUCCGACUCUCGCGACAAGGACCCCUCAAGCAACCCCUCUGUUUCCCGAUUCCUCAUGCAUGGCCGCAAAAGAGCUCAGAGCGGCCAAGGGUCAGAACUUACACCUAUGGACAAUGUACCGCCCAAGGUCACUGUUUCACCUGAAGGUCAAGAGAUGCAUUGA